CCAUCUGAGCCCUCGUAUAUAUACACCCAGCUGAUGAUUUCCUCUCACUGCCACUGCUGCCCUCCUUCUCGACUUUCCGUCUUGUCAUAGGCUGUGAAGAAAAGAAAACGCCAACAUGUCUGAGAAAAAGAUGACUUCAAGCCGCAGGCAUCAUCUGAAGAGUUUGGUGCUGUCGAUUGCGGCGACCUGGCUUGAACAGGAGGUAAAGGAUAUUGCAGCUGCCAAGGAAGCCUAUAUCGCUCAGAGCUGCCCCGCCCCCGACCUGCAUGGGGACCAGGCUGCCCUCUCGGAAACCUGCAAGAAGCUGCACGCCCUCAUUGACAAGGUGGAUGAGGACAGGUAUGACCUGGAGGCCAAAGUGGGCAAGGCUGAUAAAGAGAUCGAUGACCUGAAAAUCAAAGUGGUGGACUUGGCUGGAGUGAAGAAGCCCGCCCUGAAGAAGGUGCGUAUGUCUGCUGACGCCAUGCUGAAAGCUCUGCUGGGCUCCAAACACACAGUCAACAUGGACCUGAGGGCCAACCUGAAGCAGGUCAAGAAGGAGGUGAAGGAGGAGCCGGCAGAGGCAGUCGGUGACUGGCGUAAGAACAUUGAGGACAAGGCUGACAGGAAGAAGAUGUUCGAGACCUCCUAAAGAGCUUCAUUUUGCUCUUGCUCCUGGCUGGACACUUUUUUCUUGGAAUUUCUGGAAUUUUUCAUUGAAUUGAAAUACCUUUUGUUUCAUUAAAUCUGCGAGUUUCAGCCUGAUUUGUUAUUGUACAUUUGUAUAGCGAAUGGGGCAGUUGUAGCUGAGGAGGUGGAGGGGCUGACCACCAGUUGGUAAGUCAGUGGUUUGAUCCCCAGCUUCCCCAGUCUAGAUGUUGAAGUGUCCUUGGACAAGAUGCUGAACCCCACGGUGUCCCUUAUGUGCUCCUCACCUGUACGGCGCUAAACGAAUAAAUGUAACGGUGAAGACUCAUACCAGACUGUUAUCUAUGCUCAUGUUCACUUCUGACAACUUCCUGCUCCAAGUCUUUUUUAAUAAAUGUUUUUUGUUUCCUA